GUAUUGUCACUGACAUCAAGAGUACGUGCUUUUCCGCUUCCGGUCUUUUUACUUCGGCAAGCAGAAGCAGUUUGUCUGUGAAAAUGAAGCUGAAUAUUGCCUUCCCAGCCACUGGCUGUCAAAAGUUGCUUGAAAUUGAUGAUGAAAAGAAACUUCGUCCAUUCUUUGAGAAGAGGAUAGCUACAGAGGUUGCCGCAGAUUCUCUAGGUGAUGAGUGGAAGGGCUAUGUAUUCCGUAUUACCGGAGGAAAUGACAAGCAGGGUUUCCCGAUGAAACAGGGAGUUCUUACGAAUGGCCGUGUUCGUCUUCUUUUGAGCAAAGGACACAGUUGCUAUCGUCCUCGACGUACUGGUGAACGUCGGAGAAAAAGUGUUCGUGGAUGCAUUGUUGACAACAAUCUCUCGGUGCUGUCUCUUGUCAUCGUAAGAAAAGGGGAAGGCGAAAUUGCAGGGUUGACCGACACAACUGUGCCUCGUCGUCUAGGCCCUAAGCGUGCAUCCAGAAUUAGGAAACUCUUUAACCUGUCCAAGGAGGAUGAUGUGAGACAGUAUGUUGUUAGGAGACCUCUGCCAGAAAAAGAUGGAAAGAAGCCCAGAUCAAAGGCACCUAAAAUACAGCGACUGGUGACACCUAUUGUUCUGCAGCGCAAAAGAGCCAAACUUGCUCUGAAGCGCAAGCGUUUUGAAAAGAAACGUGAGGAGGCUGCCGAGUAUGCAAAACUGCUGGCUAUGCGUCUUAAGGAAGCAAAGGAACGCAAGCUCGAGCGCCGCAGAAGUUCCUCUAGGAGCAAGGGCGACUCCAUAAGAGAAUCCACCUCUAAGAAGUAAAUACUUUCAUUGGUGACAAAUAAAAACGAACUGCAAA